AUGGAUAACGUCAAUUCCGAGCGAUGGAAGCGUCAAUGGCGUCUGUUUGAGGUCGGCAUUGAUGUUGCUGCUGAUGUUGCUGCUGAUGUUGCUGCUGAUGUUGCUGAUCUUUUGCCUCCAGAGAGUGGCCAGCAUGUGGACAACGUGGUGCGUGCAACUAAAGAGUUUCGAAAUCGCUUCAGCCCCCUGCUCAUUCUUAUCCCUGCUGAAUCCCGUCAGAUGCAUCGUACCGGUCUGAUUCCUGCAGGCAGUGCAUCGGCAGUAGGAGUGGCCUGCUGGGCCCAACCAAACCCACGCGAAACUUUGUCCGUGGACGUGCUUCUUUCAAACUUUCCACGGCUGGCGUCGUCCAGCUUCGGACAAAUCGUUGAUUUCCUCCAGCAGCCCAUCGUGGUCCAAGACUCGGACUGA